AUGACAACACAAUUUCACAUCAAUCGAAUGUUGAUGGGGAUGAAAACUUUAAUUCCCCAAAGUCAGAGAAAGAUCGACAUGAACAAGAAAAUGAAAUUAAUCAACAACAUCCCACCCGAAAGAAUGAAAUUGAAAGCUUUACAUCAUUCAAUUUUAGUUAAAGCUGAAUUUUUCAUGAAGCUGAAAGAGAAUCAUGUUUUUUCUCACAACUUUUGCCACCGAGCUCUAGUUUGGACUCUCACCUUGAAGGGGAUAAAAAAAUAG